GACUUCAAAGAGCAAAUCAUCCACCACGUGGCCACCAUCAUCCUCAUCAGCUUCUCCUGGUUCGCCAACUACAUCCGCGCUGGGACGCUCAUCAUGGCCCUGCACGACUCCUCGGAUUAUCUGCUGGAGUCUGCCAAGAUGUUUAACUACGCUGGCUGGAGAAACACCUGCAACAACAUCUUCAUCGUCUUCGCUGCUGUUUUCAUCAUCACCCGUUUGGUCAUCUUACCCUUCUGGAUCAUGCACUGCACGGUGUUUUAUCCGUUGGAUCUCUACCCUGCUUUUUUUGGCUACUACUUCUUCAAUUUCAUGAUGGUGGUGCUGCAGUCGCUGCACAUCUUCUGGGCCUACCUCAUCAUCCGUAUGGCCCAGAAGUUCAUAACUGGAAAGGUGGUGGAGGACGAGAGAAGCGACCGGGAAGAGACAGAUAACUCGGAAGAGGAGGAGGAGGCAGCGAUGGCGGCGAAGAAUGGUCCUCUCUCCAAUGGUCAUCCCAUCCUCAACAACAACCACCGCAAAACCGACUGA